AUGACAGCAAAAAAGAAAGAAGUUGACGAAGAAAAGCGUCGGAGAAUACUAGAAAGAAACCGCAUUGCAGCUUCGAAAUUCCGACAGAAGAAGAAGGAGUGGAUCAAAGAAUUGGAGCAGACAGCGAAUGCUGCUUAUGAACAAUCAAAACGACUGCAAAUGAUGCUUUCUCAGUUGCAACAAGAAGCGUUCCGGCUGAAGAGUCAGUUACUUGCACAUCAAGGAUGUGCUUGUAGUGUGAAAAUACGAUCAGUGCUUACUGAUUUUCAAACCGCACAUAAUGCUUUGCAAGCCCAGCAUAUGGCUUAUCGCCCUAUGCAACCUCCCCCAUCCGACAACCUUUUAGACCCGGUUGUCACUACAAGUCCUAACCAUGCGCAUUCGUCGCUUCAUGGUAUGCCUUCCCAAACUCCCAACGGUCAAAUGCAACCUCCUUCGCAACCCGCAAACCCGAAUCAAUCAUCCAUGUUUCCCCCCUCCGGCUUACCUGGAUCAUUAGGUGGCUCAGUUUAA